AUGGCGCGCUCCAAGAAGACCUCCAGGGCACGCAAGGUCUCCAAGGCCGACGGCACCGCCGCUGGCAGCGCCGGCGCGACGGACGUUGCUGGUAUCGUCGACAAGGCGCACGUCCUGCUUGCGCAGUCCAACUUUGAGCUUGCGAUCAAGUUCCUCGAGCGCGCGCUCGAGCUCGAGCCCACCAACCUCGAGGCAAGGGAGCUCGCGGGCGUCGCCGAGCUCGAAGGCGGCGACGCCGAGCGUGGCCGUGCGCACCUCCUUCACCUCUUCCCCCCACACGCGGCCGAGGCGCCCACCCUCCCGGCGCCAUACCUCUACCUCGCGCAGGUCGCGCAGGACCCGCAGGAGGCGUUGGGUUACUACAGCACCGCGACCGCCAUGGUUGAGAACACUCUCGGCGGCAAGGGCAAGAGCCGCGCGGUGGCAGAUGCCGCCGAGGUCGAGGAGCUGACGCGCAUGGCCGUGACGGCCAUCGUUGCCAUGGUGGAAAUCUGGAUGUCGGACCUGUGCUUUGAGGAGGCCGCGUCUGCCAACUGUGACGCGCUCAUUGCCCGUGCGCUCGCCAUCGCCCCCACCGACCCCGAGGCGCUCAUGGCCUUGGCCUCGAUCCGUAUGAGCCAGUCCAAGUUUGACGAGGCCAAGGACGUCGUUAUGCGCGUGUACGCCGAGCUCGAGGGACGGGAUCCAUUUGACCCCCUCCUCCCUGGUCUCCCCGUCCGCCUGCAGUUUUCGCGUCUUCUCCUGGAGCACAACCUGCAGAUGGAGGCGCUCGACGUCCUCUCCACCGUGCGCGAGGAGGACAGUCUCGAGGUGGAGGGUGCAUACCUCGAGGGCUGGGCAUGGCACCUCCGUGCCGAGGCGCUCGUCGCCGACCCGACCUUGUUGGACAAGGAGAAGGCCGAGCGCGGACCCCCCGCCGAGGGCGAGGAUGAGGACGACGACGCACCGCUGUCGGCGGACGAGUGCUUCUCCGAGUCGCUGAGGUGUCUCCUCGAGUGCGCAAAGCUCUUUGGCGAACAGGACUACCCUGACCAAGGCAUCGGCGCGCACCUCCAGGAACUGCUCAAUGGCCUGCAAGCGCGUGGCGUGCAGCCCGCUGUUGCCGAGGAGGCCGCCGCCGGCGAGGGCGAGGACGAGGACGUCGAGAUGGCUUAA